AAAAGUGACUAUCAACAAAUUAUUUUGAAUAAUUGCAAUUUGAAGAAGACCUGGCCUUUUCCUUGGAAGAAAUCUCAACACACCUAUAUAAUACGCUACCUAUUGCCUGAUCGAUCAUAUCGCUCAUGCAUUGAGUCCAGUGAGAACAGCCCUAUAGUACUAUUGCCAAUAUAUGUACUGAGAAUAGCUCCCCCAUAACCCCAGAGAGAGAACACAUACAUGUACAGACUACAGACAUAUAUAUGGAGCAGUGAGAAUAUAUAGCCCCAGUAUUCUUCAUAUAUAGCAUACAACACAGUUGCCAAUUAAGAAAACAUGGGAGCCUGGCUCCUUAUACCCUUCUCCGUCUUCCUCACUUUCACCCUAAAGUUCAUCCUCUUCCCCUACAAACCCUCCCACAAACUCAACGCCCCACUCCCUCCGGGUCCCACCACCAUACCCGUCGUCGGCACCUUCAUAUGGCUCUUCAAACUCGCCUCCCGCGGCAUCGAGCCCGUCCUCCGUGACCUACAUGCCACGUACGGCGGCAUCGUCUCUGUCCCCGUCCCCUUCUCUUACCCCGUCAUCAUGAUCGCCGACCGCUCCCUCGCCCACCAAGCCCUUGUCAACAACGGUGCCGUUUUUGCCGACCGCCCUGAGGUCCAACCAUCCAUCAAGUUCAUCACCAGCAACCAACGCAUCAUCGCCACCGCUGGCUACGGCUCUACGUGGCGCCUCCUUCGCCGGAACCUUGUCUCUGAGCUCAUGGUUCCGUCUCGGCUCAAGGCCUUGGCCGGUUCCAGGAAGUGGGCCCUAGACAGCCUCGCCAGCCGUCUUGCAACGUCGUCGUCAUCGGGACGUAACAUGGUGGGAGUUUUGGAUCAUUUCCGGAUGUCCAUGACGGGUUUGUUUCUGUAUAUGUGUUUUGGUGAGAAGAUGGAGGAGGAGAAGGUGAGAGAAAUUGUGGACGUUCAGCGUCGGCUUCUGUUGGGUUUGGUCGGAGAGUUUCAGAUUCUCAACUUUGGCCCUGCAUGGUUUACCAAGAUUUUGUUUUAUAAGCGGUGGAGUCGCUUCUUCCAGGUUCUCCAGCGGCAAAUAAACCUCCUGCUGCCUCUGAUACAAGCACGGAAGAAGAUAAAGGAAAGAAAAUGCUCGAGUAACCGAAAAGAAGAUAACAACAACAAUCAAGCAUUUGUUGAUACCUUAAUGGAUUUAGAACUCCCUGACGAGAAACGAACAUUCGAUGAAGUAGAAGUGGUGAACCAAUGCUCGGAUUUCCUCAACUCCGGCGUAGACACAAUUGCCAUAACACUGCAAUGGAUGAUGGCAAACAUAGUGAAACACCCACGCAUUCAAGACAAACUUGUCACAGAAAUUAGACAAAUUGUGGGAGACGGAGAAGUUGAAGAGGUGGAAGAGGAGAACCUGCACAGAAUGAAGUAUUUAAAAGCGGUUGUGCUAGAAGGUCUGCGUCUUCACCCGCCGUCGCACUUUUUGCUUCCGCACUCCGUCACUGAGGACGUCAUUUUGGACGGGCGUUACGUUGUGCCAAAGGACUGCACUGUGAACUUCUCUGUGGCGGAGAUGGGGCGGGAUCCGAAGGUGUGGGCGGAGCCGAUGGAGUUCAAGCCUGAGAGGUUUCUGAGUGAUGAGGAGAACUUGUGUGAUUUAACUGGUAGUAAGGAGAUCAAGAUGAUGCCGUUUGGGGUAGGGAGGAGGAUGUGUCCUGGUUCGAAUUUGGCAAUGCUGCUUUUGGAGUACUUUGUGGCGAAUUUGGUUUGGAAAUUCGAGUGGAGAGCUGUGGAGGGAGUUGGGGUUGAUUUGAGUGAGAAGGAGGAGACGAGUUGGGGGAUGAAUAAUCCAUUGCAGGCACAUAUCACUCCAAGGUUGAAGACAUGAGAAUACAUGUGAACUCCUUCGAACGAGUCGUGGAUCUGUACUCGAUCGUAUUAUACUUAUUUGCCAACUGCGUAUGGGCUGCAGUAUAAAUAAUGAAUGUAUAACAAAACAAUAAAAUGUUCAAGUUGUAAUUUACGUACUUUUGCUA